GGACCUGCUUUCUCUGAAAAGUUAUUUUAUGUUGUAGAUCCUGUACUCCAGUUUGCUGGCUUUGUGUUACAUAUUGUACUUUGCUAAGUUCCUGGGCUCUAAGGAGGCAGAAAAAAAAUCAUUCCCUUUGCACAGUAUGAAGGAAUUCUUACCUAGAUACUGUGCAUCUCAGGACUUCAUAGACGGGAAACAGGCAUGGCUAGCCUGGAGUUUCUUCAAGCAAUCUUUUUUAAAGCAGAUUCUAACAGAAGGUGAACGUUAUGUAAUGACAUUUCUGAAUGUCCUGUCAUUUGGUGAUCAGGGAGUGUAUGACAUUGUGAAUAAUUUGGGCUCGCUUGUGGCACGAUUUAUCUUCUUACCUAUAGAAGAGAGCUUCUAUGUGUAUUUCUCAAAAGUUCUGGAAAGAGGAAAAAAUUUUAGGAGUCAGAGGAAGGAAGAGAUUUCUACAGCAUCCGCAGUCCUGGAGUCACUUCUGAAAUUAGUGACCCUGAUUGGUCUUUUUAUCAUUGCAUUUGGAUAUGCCUAUUCCCAGCUAGCACUGGAUAUUUAUGGAGGAUCUAUGCUGAGUGAAGGCACUGGUCCUGUUCUCUUGCGUUGCUACUGUCUGUAUGUUCCCCUGUUGGCCAUUAAUGGCAUUACUGAAUGUUUUACCUUUGCUACAAUGAGUAAGGAGGAAGUAGACAGGUACAAUUAUGUCAUGCUGGUCCUUUCCCUUAGUUUUCUCUGCCUAUCCUACUAUAUGACGCAUUGGUUAGGCAGUGUGGGAUUUAUCCUUGCAAACUGUUUCAAUAUGGGCUUACGGAUCACUCACAGCUUACUGUACAUUAGAAAAUAUUUCAGGAAGAGCCCCUACAAGCCCCUGUCUGGGCUAUGUCCAUCCGCUGCUGUCAUUUGUGCACUUUGUCUCUGUGCUGCAGUAACCGGGUAUUCAGAGAUGAAUCUGUGUUGUGACAUGGGCUGGCCUUACCUACUUUCACACAUUCUUGUUGGAACUCUCUGCCUGGCUGUGGCACUGGCUGCUCUUGUCCUUUCAGAAAGCAAACUGAUUAAUUUCAUACAUAACCAUUUUCUGUCAAAAAAGCCAAAGAAGAAAGUGUAGCGAAGGUUCAGGACUGGAUGGCUGGUUAUCUGGAAAUAAGUGUAAACCUCAAGACGUUAUUCCCUC